AUGAGUGACUUAAGGAACUCGGCUGUUUCGAUCGUGCAACGUGAUCGAUCUGAUGUUAUCCGACAGAUCAGUGAAAUUACCAACGUAGACAAUCAGAGUAUCAAUCAAACAAUUGAAGCAUGUAUGGAUGAUGCCGGUCAUUAUUCAAUGGACCAAGUCAUUAGUUUAUUACUCGAUGAUAACACUCGAACUACUGGCCAGGCAUUUGGUCGAGAAGCGCACGACAAUAGUAGUGCCUCUCUACCGAAAACAGCGAUGGAUUUAUCGCAGACAUCGAAUCAUCGAAUCGCUCGAAGGAUAACUGCAGGUGUUGAUGUACAAUUUCCAUCGGAUACAAAUCCGAUGCAAUCAGUAGAUGCAGAUCUAGAACGAGCAAUCUUAUCAUCAUUUGAAUCGGUGAAACAAUCAAUUGACGAAUCUGAUAUAGCCGAAAGAAAUCCUGUUGACGAACCAGUUGGCUUGAGAAAUAUUGGAAAUACGUGUUGGUUUAAUUCAGUUAUUCAAACACUUUAUACAUUACCCUAUUUUCGUCAUUUGAUCUUGAACUUUAAAUUUUCCGAAGAAAAUUCUCCGUCAGAUAGUCACGAGAAGAAGGCAAUUGAUUUUACGAAAAACCUACGUCAAUUAUUUGUUUUGAUGUUAAAAUCACCACGACGAUCAAUCGAUCCUGAGCCAGCAAUCCGAAGUUUUAAUGAAACAGGAAAACUAUCCGGUGUCAACUUCUCACAAGAGGAUUGCUCAGAGUUUGCAAUACAUCUUAUCGAUCUUAUUGAAUUAGGAUUCGAAAUCCGAAGGAAAAAUCUAGAAAAUGCAUUGCAGUCAUCGAAUUCGGACAAUCCUGUUCAUUCAUUUGUCACGGGAGAAGUUGAAGUUAAAAGACAUGGGCACGAACCAACACAUGAAGCUUUUAGACAAAUCAAUAUUUCCAUACUUGAUUCCACAAAUUUAUACGAUGCUCUGGAAGCUUUUUGGCUUCGACGAAUAAAUGAAGAACCUUCGGAUCAUCAGGAUAUCGUUGAACAACGGUGGUUAAAACAUCUGCCUCCUGUAUUAUUCAUUUGUUUAAAUCGUUAUCGGUUUUCUCAAGCUACAAAACAAGCAUCGAAACUAGUUAUACCCUUUGAGUUUUAUCGUGAACUGUAUCUUGAUCGGUACAUGUUAGCAAAUGAAAAUCUGAUUCUAAACAAACGCGAAACCGCUCGAACGCUUCUUACUCGGUUGCACGAUUUAGAAAGUCAAUUAGAUAGCUAUUUGAAAUAUCCGUGUAACAAUGGAUCCAUUUUACUAAGCGAUGCUAUACGAGUUGUUUAUGAAUAUGCUACUGGUAAUCGACUUGAUCCCGUUUUAGUGGACAGAACAGUUUCGGACACACCAACUGUUUCUCAAUCAUGUUCGAUUCGGCCGUCACCGACAACAUCCGAAGAUCUUCGAUACAUUCAAACUCUUUUGCCCAGUUGGCUAACUGAAAUUGAGAAUCGAUGCGCAGUUCUUCGCGAAGAGAUUCAUCGGUUAAAACAGCAAUUAAAACAAUUGUACGACAUACCAGAAUUAACUAAGACUAAAUAUGCAUUACAUGCUGUCUGCGUUCAUCAAGGAAGCGCUGCAGUUGGUCAUUUCUGGACUUAUGUAUAUCAUGCCGAUAAACAGAAAUGGUAUCAAUAUAAUGACAAAGAAGUUACCGAAAGCAAAUGGGAUGAUGUGAUCGAAGCCGGUAUAGGUCAGCAACAAGAUGAUCAAGAUGAACAACAUGUUCCUAGUGCUUAUCUACUUGUUUACAUCGAUCCAGACAAGUCACUAUUUAACGAUGCAUCUUGUCUGUUAACUCCUGAACUCCAUCGUACUUUAGACAAUGAUCUACAAUCAUUAAAGGAACAAACUGAUAAAUUUCAGUUCGAGAAACUUGAUAAAAAUUUGGAAGAUGUCACCACACAAAUAAGAAAUCAUCAUAUCGUAGAUCGAAUAUCAACACUGCCGAUAUUCACAGAUCCGAAUAUGUUUUUCGAUAGAGAAAUAGUCGAUCCAGUGAUUAGGCAAGUGAUGCAUCUACUGAAAAUUAACGAAUCAAAACUCUCCUUGGAAAAAGUCGAUCUUCUACUGCGUGAAAUUGUCGACGCUGAGAUCAAUGCAUAUGUCUCAUCAAAAUCGGAGAUCAUGAUGGAUUUACCGAAAAGAGACCAUCGGUUAGAGCAUAUCUUAUCGUAUUUCAUCGCAAACGAUGUUAAUGAGAUCUACCAACGCCGCGUAAUGUUCGAUAUUAUCCGUCGUUUACCAAUCGAGCGUAGUAAUGUUCGAUUAACAAUAUUUCAAUCGCAAGCACAACUUACUUGUCGCGAACUGCAAAUGUCUGAUGACGAAAUUGAAGAAUAUCAAGACUUAAUAGCUGAUUACAAAAACUUUCGAGGUACUACUGCUGCAUUUGUUGCCGGUUGUCGCUUGAUGGCUGAAAAUAAGUAUAAAGAUGCUAUUGCGUACUUCUGUCUUGCUUGUGAAUAUCAUCUAAAUCUUUCACGGCACGGUGCUUCGCCUAUGAAAUCAAUCGAUCAGUCGAUCUUGUUUAAGACGAGACAACUUUGUUUCCAAAAAUGGAAUGAAAUUAUCCUGAGCAAUUUCCGAGCUUACUCGAACUAUAAUCUAAAUGAUGAAACACACCACAUUCUUUCGUGCUUAUCCGAAUUGAAAAUUAGCUCAGACGAUGAUCAAACUUUCGUAUCCGAAAUUCAAGAAGUUUGGUAUUCACUUCUUGAUCAAUUACAACCGAGUGUACGUUCGGCUUCUCUCGAAGCAUUUCUUGAACGUUUAUUGGAACAACCCACUGAUCAACAUCAACAUCAUCUUUCGAUUAAGACAGAUCAUUUAGUUGAACGCUAUCAAACUACAAUUCAAGAGUUAUUUCAUCAGUAUCCAACGCUUCGUCAUCGAUUAGACAUUUCAUCAGUUUUACUUGAGCCUAUCCAAAUUCCCAUUACCAUCAACCGAUCUGACCCUCACGAUCGUCAAUUAACGGAAAACGAUGGUGAUCGAUCACAUUCGUCGCUCUAA